AUGAUUGACACCGCAACCAAAUCCAGCACAAGCAACGUCCUCGACCUGUCGAGCCUUUCUUGGUUUGCUUUGGAUGAUGGGGUCAUGGGUGGGCAAUCAUCAACUGAACGUGGCGAAGUUGACGAAGAAGGCACACUGCAGUUUUCUGGUACCAUCAACACCAACGGUGGUGGCUUUUGUUCUAUCCGAGCAGAACUUCCAGCUAGUCUGCCUCCAAACUCCACUGGCAUUCGGAUCAAGUUCAAAGGAGAUGGCAAAACGUUCAAGUUCACCAUGUCCGACGGAAGUCAUCGUUACGACACACUUUCGUGGCAACAGGAUAUUCCGACCACAGCAAAGUCAGGGGACCUGGAAGUAUUGGAGGUUCACUAUUCUGACUUGAUCCCAGCCAUGGGUCCACGAAAGGCUCCAUCUGGAAUUAGUUUCAACAAGGACCUUGUGAAGGAAAUUACGUUUAUGCUUUCAUUGCAAUUGAGCAAUGGAAAGCCGAAUCCUGUAUCGACAUUUGGUAAGGGCGUCUUUCCCUUUGAUCUUGAGAUUCAUUCUGUUGAAUUCAUUGAAUCAUAA